GGGCGCCGGCACUUGGCCGCAGGCUGCUGCCGCCGCUGGCCGGGCCCCCCCUCGCCCCCUCCGCUAUGGGCACUCCGCACUUCUAAGGCCGGGGCGGCCGCCCUCUGCGCCGCCCCGGCGCGGGGGGGGACUGUGAAUUAAUUAAAAAUCGCUAUUUACGUGGUUAUUCAUUGCCCCGCUUCGGGCAUGUGAACAACCACCUCCCCCCCCCCUCCCCCCCCCCCCCCUCCCCGCUUCCCCUCCUUCCACCCCCAGCGCCAUGCCGGCAGCCUGCAUCCUGCUGCUGCUGCUGGGGCUGGGGCUGGUCCCGGCGGCCGGGUCGCUGCCCCUCGCUUCCCCGCGGCGUCUUCCUCCCCCUCCUCCUCCUCCUCCUCCGUCCCGAAGCCGCCUCGGCCGCCCUUGCUCGCCUCCCGCCGCGGGACACGCCGGCAGCCCGGUCAUUGAAAGCAGCCAUCAGGCGAGAAGUUCAGACACAGAGAUGAGGACUUCUGGUGCUCUUGUGGACAGCAUGGAGCUGGUAACAAUGCUGGCUGGGAGCAGGGAGCGGGCAUUGCUGCCUACAAGACACAGUGUGGUGCCGGCAGCAAGCAAGGUUGUGGGACACAUUGGUCCCCCCUCCAGUGAUGGGGAUGUCACCCCACCAGGAGCAGGACCACCAGAGAGCCCAUCUGCUGGGACAGACACCCACCUGCCUGCCCGCAGCCAUCCUCCUGCUGCUGGAAGCCAACACCAUGCUGCGGGCAGCCAGGAGAGAGGCAAGAGGGCUCUGGCUUCCCCCAGCACCCCUGCAGCUGCCAAGGGGACGCUGCUGGUUUUGGCAGCUGUCACCACUGAUUCGCCUGAGAGGACACUGGGCAGGCGCCCCGGGGCCUGGGAGGUGACGGGGUUUGACAACUCAAUGAGGACAGUGCUGCUGCCUUCAUCCACGGAGACCCAUCACCCAGGCACUGGUGGCCCCUCUCGACCAGUGAGCGGCUGGGUGGGCACAGAGCUGCCUGGCAGCCCUCCCACAGGCACUGCAGCCACUUCACCCAGCCCGUUGGGGAGCGGCGGGGGGACUCUGCAGCCCCUCCCCAGCACCCAUCUCCCUGGCUCUCCAGAACAGCCCCAGGCCUCCCCCCAGGCUUCCAGUACCCAGCCUGGUGCAAACCACAUCAUGCUACACCCCAGGGAUGUCACGGGGGACUACACAAGCCCUUCGCUCACAGCAUCACCUGCCAUGGACAGCACUUUUGGAGCUGCUGGGCACAGCGUUAGGGCUGCAGAAGACCCAAGGUCUGGUGUCAGAAGGACAGCACCAGGCUCUGCAGCUCAGCCCCUGGCCUUGAAGCCCUCCUCGGUGGCCCCAGCAUGGGGACGUUUCCCCAGGCCCUCCAUGGAGCACCAGCUUGCCCCUUCUCACCCAGCUUUGGAAAGCACUGCCGCGGGGGAGCUCGCCAUUGGAAGCAGCUAUGAGCCAUCCAACAUCUCAGCCACAGAGGGAAGAGUUUCGGAUUUCCCUGCCGCCAGCACCUCUGUUUCCACAACAGCCACCAAGGAUGGAGGGAGGACGUUAAGGUCUCUGCCAGCCGGCACCAAGCUGGCUGAUGGAGCAGAGAUUGCCACCUCUGGUACUGAAAUCAUGGACUCUUCAAACCAGACCUGGUCCCCUGGGAUGUCUUUGGGUGCCCAAGGUGGUGGUGGCAGAGGUACCACAGACCUACUGCUCACGGACUCGCCGUCUGCUUCAGAAAGUGCUUCCAUGACCUCUAGCAGCAAUUAUGAACCCAAGAACAUCCCAGCUGCAGAGGAGGCGACCCUGCGUUUGGACACCCAGGAUGCUGACAUGCCCAGUGUGCCAGCAGGGGCACCGGGGUCCCACACAAGUGGCCACACAGCCAGUGUGGCAAGCGACUUUGUCACCAGCACCAAACCCACCAGCUCUUUGGGGAGGACCUUCUCCUCCUUGGGGGCCAGGACACACCAUCCUAACAGCUCACGGGAAGACACCGAUCUCCUGUCGCCUCCCGGGGAGCCUUUGCUCACAAGCUCCCUCUCUGCCUCUGAAAGUACUUCCAGAGGUGUCAGAAGCAGCCACCAAGCAGUUAACAGCUCAGCAACAGAGAAGAACCCCCUUGCUUCCUCUCCCACCAGCGUCUUCAUCUCAGCCACGGCCACUGGCAGCGGGAGGCCCCCGAGGUCGGCCACAGGCAGCAGCUGGUGGGCAGCAGAAGUCUCUACAUCCAGUACUGGCACGUACAGGACCCUGGGCACCAUCCAGCCCUCAUCCGUGUCUUCUGUGAGAGACACCUACGAAGUUCGUGGGCCCAGAGAAAUCACGGAUUUCACUGAGAGGGUGGCAGACUCAUCGCUAACGCACUCUCACUCCCCUUCGGAAGGUCCUUCCCCAGCUACUGGAAGCAGCCAUGUGUCACUCAGCAUCCUGUCAACAGAGAGAAGAACUUAUUUCCCUACCAACAGCGCCUCCGUUUCCACAGCAGCCACCAAGGGUGGAGGGAGGACGUUAAGAUCUCUGUCAGCCAGCACCAGGCUGGCCCAAACAACAGAGAUUUCCACCGCUGGUACAGAAACCAUCAGCUCUCCAGACCAUACCUCAUCCUCUUUGGGUGCCCAGGGUGGUGCUGGCAGAGGUGCCACCGUGUCAUCCACGGACCUUUUGCUCACAAGCUCACCAACUGCUUCAGAAAGUACUUCCCCAGCAGAAGGGGCCUCAGCAACAGGAGGACGCCUGCCCGAUGCUCCUCUCACCAGUACACCCAGAUCAGUGAUAACCACCAGUGGUGGGGAGAGGAGCACAGCACCCAUGUCAGACACUCGUGCUGCAUCCAGCAUGGCAGGGAGCUCUGCUCCCGCUCCACCCCACACCAGCUCCAUGGACGUGGUCCUUCUGCCAUCCUCAUCAGCAGCAGAGCCUGGGAGGCAGAGCAAUGCUUCACAGAGCAGUGCUGGACCUGGUGAGCUUCCAACAAAGCCGCUGCCUGCAUUUUCUCCCAGAAUUUCAGUGCCUUCACCUUCACCAAGUGCUUCAGAGAGAGGAAGAAGAGUUUCUGGUGUUCCUACUGAGACCGUGUAUGUCUCGACCACACUCUCCAGCCACAAGAAGGAGACAUCUCAGGCUGUAGCUAGCGGUGGCACGUGGGGCACAACGGCAGAAAGCCCCAUGUCUCACCCAGACACAGCAGAGGAGUCCCACACCGGCCCCCUCCUGUCCUCCACGGCAUGGCCUGGAGUGGGACAUGUCUCGUCUGGCCGAGCAGGGUACCCAGAGCCCAAGGUCACCAUUUCAUCCAGGGUCUCUACCUACUUCUUAGCCACCAGCGAACCUUCCACCGUGGGCAGCAGCCACCACUCCCUAAGCAGCUUGAGUGCCAAGGAAAGUGUGUCCAGCCCCGUCACUGGUCCUGCAUACGGUACAUCCACAUCUGCCGGUGGUGUGGAGAGGAUGCUGCACUCGGUGUCGGACGAUGCGCUGGCUGGUGCCAUGGAGCACUCCACUUCCUACGCUGAAACUGCCAGCUCUCCUGGGUCAGCUCAGCUGGUGGCCGUGGAGCAGAGUGGGACAGCAAAUGCCUCUGCCAGCAGUGUGGGCUUCACGGGCUUUGCGACAGAGACGCUCUUCACACAUUCUUCCAAGAUACCCACUGACUCUUCUUUCCAGAACGAUCUCACAGGCUUUUCAAGUAGCCAUCAGCCAGUCAGUAGUGUCGAUGCUGAGAAAAGGACCUCGGUUUCUCAUACGGAUGGCACGUACAUUUCAACCACAUAUACCAGAGGAGGAGAAAGGACCCUCCUAUCUAUCUCGAAUAGCAGCACCUCUGCUGAGUCCUCAGAAAGUUCCACCUUUUUUACUGAAAUUUCCAAUCCUUCUGAUUCAUCAAAAUCUUCUGUGGCACAGGGCAGGAGGGGCAAUGUAUCCAGUGAUGGCAGUUUCAUGGAACCAUCUACAGAGCCAUUGCUGGUACACUCUUCCAAACUGUUGACUUCUGCUUCUGCAGGCAGCGUACAAAACACAACUCUCUUCAACACUGACUCUGAGUUGCUGACCACUAGCCCUUCAUCUCUGUCUUCAUCGGCACUUCCAGCCUCUUCCUCACUCUCGUUGCUGCAUCACUUGCCGUCAUCAACACCACCACCAACUGAUCUGUUUACAUCAUCAGAACCAUCUGAGCCGUUCUCGCCCUCUGUGUUGGCAUCUUCACCCCCUCUGCAGGCUUUGUCAUCCUCCUUGCCCACUUCCUCAUCGCUUUCCCCAUCUUAUUCAUUAGCAUCUUUAUUGCCCCUGUUUUCAUCACCAACAUCCAUCUCGCAGUCCAAUGAUAGUGAUCAAGCAAGCACCUCUGUAGCUACAGCUGUGGUCAGGCAGGUGCCCUCCACAGCUGCCGUGGCUGGGAGCUCGCCCAGAGGGACCAACAAACACAAUGUCAUGCGUCAGCCCCAAAAUAGCACCACCUUCACCUCCUCUGGCUCUUCUUUCCCUACGGUGCCCAUGGAACAGCUUGGUGGACGCAUUGUAUCCAUGUCCACUCCUGCGACUGUAAAGGAGACUGCCUCUCUGGGAGCCACUACUGCCCAGGGGGGCAGCUUCGGGAAAGCAACGCCACUGCUCACCAUGGCCAGCGAUGCCUCACGGUCUGGACCAACGGAGGCACCCCUUAGUUCCUCACCAAGUGCAACAAACCACAGCAUCAUUGUCCCUGCAGUGGCACAGACCACGGUGAAACCUCCUGUGCUGACAACGGCGGCCAGUCACCAGCCAACCUCAGGUGAUGCUAGCACUGUGAAAGACCACAGUGCUCAAACACCCACUGCCACGAAGCACAUGUAUACCACUGGUGAAAGCACAGAAGCUGUGGAUCCCACCACUGCAAGGCCUCAUAAAGUCACUGAGGAAAACACCCCUGUUACGAGUUCUUCUGAAGCCCCUGCAACCAGCAAGACCACUGUGACCACUGUAACUACUUUGGCUGCUACCAAACCAACCACCAUUCCUCCAUCAAGCAGCACGACUGGGCUGAGGAUGUCAUCUCCAGCAACAGAUGUUGAUAAAUGUCUUUCCAACCCUUGUCCUGCACUGGCCACCUGCAACAACACCCGUGGCUCCUAUAUCUGUCAGUGUCCUCUUGGAUAUGAGCUGGAAAAAGGAAAGUGCAAUUUAGUAAGAAUAUUUAUUGGCCAGGUCCCUCUGAAGCUUAAUAUUACCCAUGGGAAGUACACAGAGCUCCCCCACAUCGAGGGCGAAAUCUUGGCGAUGCUCAAUGCAUCGCUGUCGGGCUUGCCGGGGUACCACCACUCCACAGUUAAGGUGACCAGGGAGACAAAUUUUGUGCAUGUUUCAGUGCAAUCCACGUUCUCUUUAGCGUCCAACGUGACAUUCUAUGAUGUUGUCAGCAGUGUGAAAAGCUACAUUCGAGCUUGCAAAUCCCCCACUGAAGCCUGCCAGUUCAUCUCCAGCCUGAAACCACUCCACAGAGUUGGCAGCUUGUGCAAGCAGAAAGACCCUGAGUGCGACAAGGAAACUUCUGAAUGCACCGACUUUGAUGGAGUCGCACUCUGCCAGUGCAAAAGUGGGUACUUCAAAUACAACAAGAUGGACCACUCCUGCAGAGCCUGUGAAGACGGAUAUAAACUGGAAAAUGAGACCUGUGUGAGCUGCCCAUUUGGCUUAGGUGGAUUCAACUGUGGAAACCCAUAUCAGCUCAUCACUGUGGUGAUCGCGGCUGCAGGAGGGGGACUUCUGCUCAUCAUGGGCAUAGCACUGAUCGUCACCUGCUGCCGGAAGAAUAAAAAUGACAUAAGUAAACUCAUUUUCAAGAGUGGGGAUUUCCAGAUGUCACCAUAUGCUGAAUAUCCAAAGAACCCCCGCACACAGGAGUGGGGCAGAGAGACCAUAGAGAUGCAGGAGAAUGGAAGCACCAAGAACCUGUUGCAGAUGACGGAUGUGUAUUAUUCGCCAACUGGACUGAGAAAUCCUGAACUGGAAAGAAAUGGACUUUAUCCUCCCUACACUGGUUUGCCUGGAUCUCGACAUUCAUGCAUCUACCCUGGACAAUACAAUCCAUCCUUCAUUAGUGACGAAACCAGAAGAAGAGACUAUUUCUAGCAGUGAGGACAGGGAGUGGAAGAUUGACACAGCUUUAUGGCCCUUGAUCCCCAGGUACAAUCUGUCUCCUGGGCAGUUCAGCCUACAUCAAUCUUACUCUUCCCGUUCAACAGGAAGGACUUUGAACUUCAUGUUGAGCAUUGCUGCCCUGACGGAUGGCUAUACUUGCUGAGCAGCAGAGAGAAGGAAGAGGAGGAGGGAGAGGCUCAAGGUGCACAUCACUAAAAGACCCAGAUGGAAGUUAACACAUGUACUCCAGUUUUGUUCUGUGCUGCUUCUUCACUCUUUACGCUACAUGGCAAGCAUGGAUCAGUACAGGCAGACGAACUGUGCCCAGCACUCUGCAUUGAAUACCACUAGGGAGUGUUUUGUUUACAGAUCUUCUUCACUGUAGACCGUGCUUGUCUUUUUAGCCAACCUUCAUGCAAAGAUUUGCUGUGCAACUGCUUCUGGUAGGACAAGUUUGUGCACUCCCUUCUAUAUUGCUGCAUUGCUUUCCAUUUUAUACAUGACAGAAAAGCUGGCUUAUCCUCUGGCCCUUACCUUCUUACUGGUCGAGGUUCUCCAGAUGACUGGAUCCUUGCUGAAGCCUGGUGCCUGGCCAUGUUGGCUGAAUUCAUGGGUUGAUCAUCUCCAAAAAGUUAGUCAUACCACUGCAAUUUUACCUGAAAGAAAACUCAAUUGAUCCUGUGUGCCGCUUUGGAAACUUCCUAUAUGUAGGGAAGAGUCCAAGUAUGUUGUUUUGUCAACCAGCGUUGUCCAGAAGUGAUGUUACUACGCAUCAUCAUAGUGCUUCCAUAUAGGAUCUUAUGGGGCUCUGUUUCCCUGCAGGGAUUUAAGUGUAGAAACAGCAAUAUAAUGCUAAAUAAUUGCUCACAGGGAAGAAAAAGAUGAGCUGGGAAUUCAGCAUGCUCCUUAUGAGGAAUUUGGGAAGGAGCAAUAAUUCUAUAGCCCUGGCUGGGAAGUGGAAUCUGAAUUCUGGGCAUUGCAGGUGGGACAUAGUUUUCAAGCCUCCACAGCCCACCUUGACUUCUGUAGGAGCUGUAGAGGCUUUCAGUACAUUGGAAAAUAAGGCUCGCUGCAGUCAAUUGCAUGUAAAGGAGAGAAAACCAUGAUGCUUUCAAUCCUAGUGGAGCAAAGAUCACUUAUGUCGGAGUGUUUUGCUUUCUCCCAUCCAAGUUUUGAGUGGUUCAGACCAGACAGGCUUCCACGUACUAAUCAUCUUGGCAAAAGCUGAAAAACAUAAGUUAUUACAUUUCUUACCAAAGAUCAGAUUGAAAGCUCAUGGACUGUAUUCUGAGCUGGGUGUUGCAAGAGAUCUUAUUAAUGAAGUAUAUUUACUGCUUAUCUUUUCUGGGUAUUACCCUGAGGCAUCCAAACCCUGUCCAAAUACAGAUCCUUCCCCUGAAUGUGACUGUGCUUUUAAUUCAAGGUGGCUGCUUGUAGGAGGGUAACAAAUAGCACAAUUCCUUAGCCAUUAACCCACCAUCUCUGUAGUGUGUACAUAAGCUAGUUUCUCUGAAGGGCACAUACCCUCUGAUAUUCCCUUCUCCUGGCCAUGCUUGAAAAGACACAGUGCCUACAACUAAGUUCAUAAGGUAGCUCAUCCCACUGAAGCACUAAGGGCCACAGGAUGCAUCUCCCGAAGUGCCUAACCCCAAGUAAGAGCAGCAGUUCAGAUGUGAUAUGUUGUGCGGUUGCUCACGGGAGGCAACCCUGGGGUUGACGAGGAGCCCUCCAUCAGUGAGCAGGUACUUGUGUCCUACAGAUGAUGUGAGUUCCCAGAUCCUUUCCCAGCACUUUGAAGGCUGUUGUGUUCCCUGUCAAAAGUGUGCAACAGCUACCCAGAGGAAGGGGAGCUAGCAGCAGGCAGUCUUUAGCUAUGUGGGAUAAGAGGUUUCUGGUCCCUGCUCACAUUCACGUCUAUUUUCUCAAAACUGCAAGGCAGGAAAGGCACCACAAAUGUGCUUGAGAAGAUAUAGUUUGAUGCAGCAGCCAUAGCACAAAAACACAGUGUCUUUUUAUGCCUCACCCCUUAUCUACUAUGUAGAAGCAGCAGUGUAGGCUUGCAAAAACCCAGAUCUUUAUGGAUCCCUGGGGCAGUAUCCCUUGCUCUUAUGUUGCCUUAUGGUGACGUUGCAUGCAGCUUCAUGCUGUCUGAUCCAUAAUCAACCUCGCAGGUGGUAGUAUGUGGCUUGUCUCAGCUGUAGGGAGGAAAUGACUGGAUGCUCAUGGGAAGUACAGCUGCCUAAAGGAGUUAUAUUUAAGGAAAACUGUAGCUACAGUAUCCAAAAUAGUGUAACAGGUAAAGCACAAGAAUUAGGAUUCCUGCCACAUGGAUCGGUGUUUCCAGUCCAUGAACGAUAUUCUUCUCCCUUUCAUUAGCACCUGGUAUCUUAAUUGCACAAGAUUUGUUGGAUUAUGGUUACUAAGGGCUUGACUCUGCUAUGCGGUGGGAUCCAUCAAAGAGGACAUUGGCAGGUUGUUUCUGUGUGGGUGAGUUGCCUCUGAUUUUGAGAGUGCCCAGGACAGAAAGGACUGCCUUUUUCCCAUGGUAUGGAGGAGGGUUUUGUCUGUGUUAGAAAAGAAAUGGAGAAGAUGCGAAUGAUGCUGAAUCUAAAUCCAAAGUAUGUAGAUGAGCACUGGGCUCUGUCCCUUUUUACUAAAGUGGCUUAGCAAGAAGGAGGAGAGUCCCAGCAAUGAUGGUAGGAUUUAACCACAUGGCAGCAUUUUGUCAGGUAAGGAAGACUUCAGGCACAUGCUUACAGGCAAAUAUGUUUAAUUGCUUGGUUAGUUGAAAGACUGGGCAAUUUACCUGUGUGUGCCAAGUACAAAGGACAAAGUAGGAAAUAUCAGCUCACAAUUGCAGAUCAAUCCUUCUAUAUAAAGAAUAACAUGGACUAUAUGAACAAAACUCCUGGUCUGUAUCUCACAGCAAAUAGCAAAUUGCAAGUGAUUUGAGUGGAAAUGAGAUAGGACUAUUCCUAACUGAGAUCACACAAAAGUUUGCAAGUAAUUAAUUUUCAUGUCUUAAUGAUUUUCAGCUGCUUCUUAAUGUUGUAUCUGAAGUGAAAGGGUCUCAGUAAACCCAGCAGGAUUUUCUGAGUGAGGACUGCAAAACUUGGCCUUUCCCAAAAGAGAGCACUUUAAUGCACAGAAAUUUUCUCUCUGCCAAAAAAGGUAAACAUUUGGAAAUUUCUUAUGAGAAUUCAUUCAUUGCAGCCUGAUCUUCUUGUUAGCCUUGGUAGGAAGGGAGUCGCAGAGCCAAUGCAUAGUCCACAGAGGGAGGAAAGGGGUCUCUCCCGACCAGCAGCACCUUCUCUGGGUGUCCUAGGAGGCCCUGCCCAGCCGGCAGGAGAGGAUUCAGGCAGGAGUUGGCACCGGGGUGAGUGCAGGUACUUUGCCACACAGUGAUACCAGGAAAUCUUUGCGGAACCAGCAGAUGCUGCCUGGGGUGAUUCAGCACCCAGUUCUCCCCCAGCACAGCCGCUCCCCAUGCUGCGUUGCUUCCGCCUUCACCCAAGCCCCACUGUCUCCCAGCUCCACUACGGCAAAAGAGGUGGGUGCAGUGCAGUGUGUCUUGCCAGAACUUACGAUACUUACAUUAAUGCUUAUGUCCCAGCAGCAGUGGGCUUGCCCAGCCACAGCAGGGAUGUGACCUGUUUCUGUGCAACUUGCCUGUUAAAGCUGCUACCAGGAUCCUCUGUCUGCCAAAAAUGAAGCACCUUCUGGCAGUGGAGUGGAGCUUGUUCCUCCUGACUGAUGUGAGAAGUCUCCACGUGCCCUCAAGCCCACUUUCAAAUGCGGAUGCCUCUUAUUUCUUAGACUAUUUAGAUUACUUUUAGCUCCCCCAAAUUGCAGAUUUUGAGCACACUGGAUGUUUUUGCCAAGGGGAAUUGCUGUCCCCUGUCCAAGGGGUUAAGAUAGAAGUGGCGUGUUUCUUGUAAGGAGGAUGCAAGUGGUUCAGCCAGGUGUGGGGAAAGGAAGAAAAACUGUAUCAACACUGCACAGAAAUCUGCUGUGGCUGUGGUGGAAAGCUAGAGGAGCAGUCAGCAAGGACCUAUGGGCAGUGAUGUGGGGUAUUUCUGAUUAACUUUGGAAAAAAUGCUAAUUCUGUUGCUUGAUAGUAAAAGAUGUAGGAGGUGUGCGUUUGCUGCUAUGAUGCUCUGCUAGUUGUCCUGACAGAAGCCACUCACCCGCAGAAGUACCUCUGGCAGUCAGCCUAGGAGAGGCAAUCCCAGUGAACAGAGCAGCAAAAUGCAGAUUCGAGGGAUUAUUCAAACUCGUGCGCACAGCCUUCCUGUGUCCCUGCCACGCACCGCUGCUCUCCAUGGCCAGCCCUCCCAGCUGCGCUGGAAAAAUAAGGGGCCUUUUGCAUAAUGUUGAAACCUCACAGCACUGAAUUGGGCUAUAUGGGGGAAAAACAGGACAGGGGCAUUUCAAUGCCCUUUGCCCUCCAUAUUUAAAGCAUUCGGUAACGUGGCAGCAGUGAAUCUCAUUGCUGUUGUGGCAUUUCCCCUAUGUCCCGCUAUCAGUCACUGAGUCACCUGCUGUGGCCAGCCUUCUAAAAGCUAUUUGCCUCCACACUGAGCGGUAGUAAAAGGCUUUGAAAAAUAGCAAUAAAUUGCAGUUAGAGAGAGGUGUUUGUCAUUGUGGAAUUGCUUGUGCCAAUACUUAUUGUUGUUGCCAGGACCUGAGUGAGCAGCAGAGUGGGCUUGGGAAUUGCUGCAGACACCAAGUGCUUCCCCAGGACUUGUCUCUAAUGCUGGUCAAUGGCCAUACCCAUUCCAAAUCCAGCUGGACUUCUCGUUCCCUCAUAGUGACGUUUAAACCUUAGUUUUCUUCCUUAAAUUAACAAGAACAGAUGCAUUUUACUUAAAUGCUCUUCCUAUGCUGACUAAUGUUUUUUCCUCUUCACACACAAAGGACCUAAUCCAGCAUCAACUAUAGUAACUCUCCUAUGGACUUUAAUCAAGUGGGGUUUUUAGGCCUGAAUAAUUCCACCACCAGGGUCACCUGUGUGUCAUAUGUACAUUCCCGUGGCUCUGUGUUCUGCCUAUUUCUGUGAUACUGUUGCUGCCUUUCCAUGUUGUAUUUAUUUUUUUAAAGUAUGCUUAUUCUGUAGCGGGACCUGUAUUAUGUGAGGUUGAACAAAACAGGUUCAAGAUCUGAAACACCUUCCCGAGAAGAAAAUAAAUGUGAAUUUUGUGGUGGUGUUUUACUGAUCAGCCAACCUGUUUCCUAUCAUGUCAGAUCUUUUAGGGGCUUAGAGGUGCUUGCUGCAGUCACAGAUAAGAACUACUCUGCAGUUCACUCUUACUUGUCCCUUCAGAAACGAGGCGAGAUCUCCCAGUUUCAAAAGGGGUAUGCACUGUGUAAGAUUCCAGGAGCUUUACAAUGUGUACUUAACUCUUUGUUCCCUUGAACUGCUGAAAUUGAAAAGCAGGACAGAAAUCCAUUAGGGGUAAGAAAUAAUAAUAAAAAAAAAAAAAAAAGAAAAAAAAAGAAAGGAAUAUACUUGCUUGUUUUGCAGAAGUAAAUGUCUAAGGUGAGUAUGGCUUCUAUACUGUAAGGGCAUAUGUGGGAUGGCACCUAUUCUGUGUCUGGUUUGUGUUGCAUGUGCAUAAUAUCCUCGUUGAGGGAAAACCUAGAGAGGGUGCCUGAUGUUCCUCAAAAGUAGGAUGUAAAUGCUAAGUCUCCUGGCCUUUAUUCUGGUAAAAUGCUAGAAGAGGUGGGAGUCUUGCUUGGGUUAAUGACUGCAGCAGGUAGCCCCCAGAUCUGCAAAAUCCUAUAUGGAAAAGUCCUGUGGAAUACAGUAAAAACUGAUCGCUUCUUUUGAACAUAAAUUUUACCUGACAUAAAAGGUCUCCAAUAAAAUCUGCUAGGAUGGAUUUACUUAAACAAACAAACAACAUAAAAACCACCCCAACAGAAUAAAUACCUAAAAGUUUCCUUUUUUAAAGGAAAUUCUGUUAAACUCGGUCAUUUGUUUUAAGCCCUGUUAAAUUCUACAGGACUUUCUCCUAACAGAAGGUCAAAUUGGGUGUGUAGAAUCAUAAUGGUUUAUUUGAGCAGCUUUCAGAAUUGCGGUAGUAAAGCUUACCUUUUGUGAGCUCUGUUUCAAAAGGUAAAUUUUCAGCAUUUGUUUGUGCUUCUUUUAUAAACCUGAAUGUAAACCUCCUUUAUGUCCUUGACAUUGCCCUGUUUCCUUCCCUGUAUCUGUGAAUGUUUGCUUCCAUGUUGCUGGGUUUCUAAGGACAUUUUCCAAACCAGUAUUAUUUAAAGUUGUAUCAUAUUUUCAGCCUCCACUAAUUAUACAGUACUGUAGUAGCAAAAUGUAAUUUUAAAGGGUUGGAUUAUUUUUAUACCUGCAUCCAAUAUUAUUAAAUCUGGCGUUCUAGUCAGUAUUAUAAAAGGAUACAAUAAAACUAAAUAUCGUGA